AUGAGUGAUCUUUCUGACCAGGCAAUGUACCAGAUCCAAGAGUCAUCUUCCACAGAUGAUGAACCAGUUAAAGAGCCAAGUUAUCAUGAACCACCGAAAACACUUAAACCAUUUGCUAUGCCAACAACUUCAUACGAUCAAGUUCCUGAUCCACUUGAUGUCGAACCAGAUAUCAUUUUCCAGCACUUCAAAUUCUAUGAGUAA